AUGGAAAACUUAAUUUGGCUUAGACUGGUCGUCUUGGCCAGUCUGAUGGCCCUGACUUCGGCAGGCAAUGGAACGACUGCCCUGAAGUCUAAUGAACCCGGGAGUAGGGGAGUCACCUACAUGCACGAGAAGAUUCAUCUACUUCAUCGAAAGAAGCGCUGGCUCACCUUUGAACUGGGAUCUUCGCUUACGGUAACUGCCAACUGCGCCAAGGCAGUUCUAGACACCAUACCAAGAGGUCUCGUUUGGUUGGCCGAAAUGACAAGUCUUUAUGAAUUACCCGCUGCCGUUGAAGAUUGGAUACCACGACGUGUGGGGAAGCCGAAGGUGAAACCUGUACCACCGCCACCGCCUCCUCCUCCUCCUCCACCACCUCCUCCGCCUCCACCACCGCCAUUACCAGCUUCUCCUGGAGAUCCAAUAGCUCCAACACAGCCCGUGAUUGUGCCUCUCAAUCCAGCGGAUCCCAUCCAAUCCUUCUACUUUGCCUAUCCGCAAGGCAUUCCAUUGAGUCCCACCUUGAGUCGUCGCAAGUCCUAUUCCCAGCAGAUGCAGAUGGGAUGUCCUUCUCAUUUGGUUAAGGAUAUGUAUGGCACCUACUACUGCCGACCCUCUGCCAUGUCACGCAGAUUGAGACGCGAAUUGGAGAGCCAGGGAAAAAGGAUUGUCAACGAGGCACAGAAUCCACAGGGAAUGCUAUUCGAUCUGAUUUCCAUGAUGGCCACCAUGUUUAAUUACCAGCCCGACUACUGCAUCAUGCGGACCCUGUGCGAGGCACGUCAUCUGCUGGCUCCGCCGGGCUUAACGCUCUUCCACGAUAUCUUCCGCAUCAUGCUGCGCUACGUGCAUCCGGAGAUAGCCCAUAAACCCAAGUAUCGGGAGGCCUUCACCGCCGGCCGUUCGCUCCACGAUUGCGCCAGUUUGUACGGGCCGCAUUGCCGGCAGAGUUUUUUGCUGCUCAUCAGCGAACGGUUUCAGGAGAAAUACGCACGUUGA